AUGUGCGAUUGGCCUGGACGCGACAUCUGUCCAGCUUGGCUAGCCCUCACGGCUCACGCGGGCCUGGACACGGUCACGCGAACGGCGGCCCUCGGGCUCGAGUCCUCGCCUCCUCGGGACAUGCAGAUGCAGGCACGCGGACACGUGGUGACGCGGGCGAGUGGGGCAGCCGGGCAGGGGCGGGAUUUGCCACGAACAGACGGGCAACAGCAGGCAAGCGGGGCAAGGGCGGUAUUGGGCACUGUCAGUGCAACGAGGGCAACCCACCAUCCUCACGUGCCUUUUGCCGACCCACGCAGCAACGAGGGCAACCCACCAAGUCCCGUGGCUGGAUCGCGGUCUCUUGGUUCCGAGGGCACCAUGAAGGGUUCUAUGGGUCCUCCUCCUCCCAAAAACCCUAGCCCUCCUCCUAAUUCCGAUGCCGCCGAUACGGCCGUUGAGGAUGCCGCAGGCGAGAAUGAAGUUUCCGCCGACGAGGCCAGCAGGCUGCCUUCGGACACGUCGCAGGAGACGGAAAACAAAUCGCCCAAUAAAUUCACCCCUAGCCCUAGUCCCAGCCCCAAUGCAAGCUCCAAUUCAUCCGGUUCUCAGCAAGUUACGAUUCCUUACACGAUUCCGCCAUGGAGCGAACCCCCGUUGCAUCCUUUCUUCCUUGAGGUUCUGAAGGAUGGAACUAUAAUUGAGCAACUCGACGUGUAUGAGAAAGGAGCCUACAUGUUUGGGCGCAUGGAUCUAUGUGAUUUUGUGCUUGAGCAUCCAACCAUUUCUCGAUUUCAUGCUGUUUUGCAGUUUAAAAAGGAUGGCACAUAUCUUUAUGACCUUGGUAGCACACAUGGAACUUCUGUUAACAAGAACCAGGUCAAGGGAAAGGUCUACACGGAAAUUCAUGUGGGUGAUGUACUUCGAUUUGGCCAUUCGUCACGGCUGUACAUUUUUCAAGGUCCAUCUGAGCUAAUGCCACCUGAGGGUGAUUUGCAUAAAUUUAGAAAAGUCAAAAAGCAUGAAGAAAUGCGUGAUCGUGAAGCGUCACUUUUGCGUGCUAAAGAAGAAGCUUCAUUUGCUAAUGGUAUCUCGUGGGGGAUGGCUGAGGAUGCAAUUGAAGAAGAUCCAGAGAAUGAUGCAGAUGAAAUUACAUGGCAAACAUACAAAGGACAAUUUACUGAGAGGCAGGAAAAAACACGAAGUAAAAUUAUAAAGAGAAUGGAAAAGAUUUCCAAUAUGAAGAAGGAGAUUAAUGCCAUUCGAGCAAAAGAUAUUUCACAAGGUGGGUUAACCCAAGGUCAGCAAAUGCAGAUUGGUCGAAAUGAACAAAGAAUCGCUCAGAUAAUGGAAGAGUUGGAUAGCUUGGAAGAAACUUUAAAUGAUAGUAUUCGUGAAAGUGAAGGCGCUCGUGCUGGGAGGUCAAUUGGUGGCAGAGCAAAAGCAAUUGCUGUGGAGGAAGAAAACACCUUGAGUGAUGAAGAUGAGUUUUAUGAUCGAACAAAGAAGAAGCCUUUUGCUAAAAAGUCUGCUGAACAGCUGUCAGUUGAAACAGCUGAUACCCUCCUUGACAAAAUGGAAGUUAUAUCCAGUGAAAUAGAGGAAAAGAGAGAGCUGCUUGCAAAAGAGAAAGAGAAAGUUGCUUCUAAUGAGAAAGGAAACCAUGGAGAGGAUGAACUUGAUGCAUACAUCAGCGGCCUUUCUUCACAGCUAGUUAUUGAUAGGAUUUUACAAAUGGAGAUGAAUUUAUCCGAUCUGCAAGCAGAGCUGAACAGGAUAGCAUAUCUUCUGAAAAUUGCUGACCCAAGUGGAGAAGCUACUCGAAAAAGAGCGUCAAGUUCUAACGAAGCACAAGCAUCCAAGUCUGCUCAAUAUGUGCCCAGCAUCUCAAGACAGAGUCAAUCUAAUGAAAAGCCAAACCCCAUUUUGGACAAGCUCAAACCAAAACCAUCUCUUGAGGAAACCCAUAAGUUGGUUCCAGCAGAGAAACCUUCUGAAAAGGAUGACGGUGCUUGUGAAAAUAAAAAAGACAAAACGCUUUCAUAUACUAUCGCCAAACCUCAGUGGCUUGGCGCCACAAGGAACACAGAAACAGAUGAUCAGAUAUCCCCAGCUAAUUUGGAUGUAAGCAUUUCAGAUGAUUUUGUCGACUACAAUGAUAGGAAGAAAGUUCUCGGUACAGUUGAUAAUGAAAGCAACUUAGAAACUGCAGCUUCGGGUCUCUUCAUAAGGAAGAGGAAGUCUACAGAAAAAGCUGAAGAUAGUGUUGAAAAAGCUCAAAAAGUUGAAGUUCCAUUCUCAUCAUCCUCACCAAAGGCCGAAACCAUUGCAGCUGAUGCUGUUGCCUUGCUUUUAAAGCAUACUCGGGGAAUUCAUGUAGUUGAUGAGUUGAAAGACGAGAAUCUAAACUUGCAAGUUGAAGGCCAAACUGGUAAAGAAAAUUCAAAUGUAAGGCGUGUCCUUGGACCUGUUAGACCUGAUUUUCUAGAUGGGCGUCCAGAUUAUGAGUCCUGGGUUCCUCCUAAGGGGCAAACUGGGGAUGGUCGUACUUCUCUGAAUGAUCGUUUGGGAUACUAAAUCAUGGUUCGUAUUGUAAGCUAUUAGAGACCACUCCUGCUAUUUGUAACGAUAUAAUUCGGAGUAAAUCUACCGUAUUGCUGAUGGCCACUGCAGAUCAUUGGGUAAGAUCUCAUGCAUUGAGAAGGCAUCAAUAUCAAAUUUCUUAUACAGCUGCUCAUCAAGUUGUAUUGUAAAUAUGUUACCACUGAGGUAUUAAAAAUGGCUGCUAAUCCUUUCUACCCAUGCAAUUAGGUCCUGGUUUUCAGAUUUCCACACAUUUCCUCAAAGAUUUUUGUUGAUUGACCAUUUACUGAUGUUAUUGAUCUUAUGCAUUAUGCGCAUGUAGUAAUCAGGAAAAAGAAGUUUGUUUUUUUUUUAAAUGUUUAUUUGCUAUGUAUAUUGUCAUAUUUUGCUGAUUGACCAGAUUCAAAAGGAUCAGGACGGUUGGAUUAGAGUUGUAAAUGAAUCAGUCAAGCUGAGUAAAUUUUUUUUCAAGUUCAUUCA